CUGCUGUCUGUUAUUGUUGAUAUUCAUUCAAUAUUCUCUUUGAUAUAAAGUCCAGAAAUGUUGUCAUAUUAAAUUCAAAUAACUGUUUCUUAUACUGUAAUAGUGCCUGUUACAUCCUAAGAAAUGGCACUUGUAAUGGCUGUACCGCCUGAGUUUGGACCUGAUUCUGGAGGGAGAUUAAAAGGGGUUACCAUCGUAAAACCCAUUGUGUAUGGAAAUUUUGCUAGAUAUUUUGGCGAGAAAAGGAAAGAAGACGGCCACACUCACCAAUGGACAGUCUAUGUCAAACCAUACCACAAUGAGGACAUGUCAACGUAUGUGAAGAAAGUUCACUUUAAACUCCAUGAGAGCUAUGCCAAUCCAAAUCGAGUGGUCACCAAACCUCCGUACGAAGUCACCGAGACCGGAUGGGGAGAGUUUGAGAUAGUAAUUAAAAUUUACUUCCAUGACCCAAAUGAGCGGCCGGUGACGCUGUACCACAUACUGAAGCUGUUUCAGUCGGCCGCAGACGUGAGUCUCGGCCACAAGACACUUGUGUCAGAGUUCUACGAGGAGAUGGUGUUCCAGGACCCAACAGCCUACAUGCAACAUCUCCUCACAUCUACUCGUCAAGUGUCCGUCGGCGCAUGGAAACAUGAAACUGACUUUGAAGAGAAAAAGGAUGUUACUCUGGCCAACAUAAUUGCAGCUCAAAAUAAAAUUCGGCCAGAAAUUACAGAACUUAAAGACAAGCUGAAGUUAGCAGAAGAAACUAUCUCCAAGUUCAAAGCUGAAAUUGCAGCAUCUUCUACAAAUACACCUGUAAGCUAAUUUAAUUAAAAUUUUAUCAAUAAAAAGACUAUUAUCAUCCAA